GUUGGAAGGGUUACCUCCGUGAGGACCCUCAACUUUGAAGGAACCUUUCAUUGAGGAAAAUCAGUUUGGGGAUAACCUGACUACAGGCAGUUUCAAGUAACCGGAUCUUCCAGGAAGCCCAACAGCCGAUUUCCUCAGCCUGCUCCCCCAUUUCCCCCUUCCUCUCCCAGGCUAAUCAACUCCAUGGCGCUACCCCAGUCUCCACCACUUCAAGCCUGGGCCUUGACACUCCCUGCUCCCACUGCCUUUGAAUCUGCCACUAACCGUCCCUCGGUCCCUCCAGGGAUUCCCGGGGAGAUACCCGCAAAGGUUAAGCGGCCCAUGAAUGCAUUCAUGGUAUGGAGCUCGGGCCAGCGUGGCCAGAUGGCGCAGCUUCACCCCAAGAUGCACAACUCGGAAAUCUCCAAGUGCUUGGGCGCGCAGUGGAAAUUGCUGGGAGAGGCAGAGAAGCGGCCCUUUGUGGAAGAGGCGAAGAGGCUCCGAGCGCGGCACCUACACGACUACCCCGACUACAAGUACAGACCGCGCCGCAAGACCAAGAACGCCAACCCGGGCCUCGCAAGUCUAGACCUGGCCGGGGCAAGUAGGGGCAGCGGCAACCACAGCCCCGACCCAGGGUGGGGCACGGGAAACCUCGGCUAUCAGCCCCAAUACCCUUCGAACCUGGCCAGAGGCUGCGGGUCUCUGCACCCAACUGUGCCUCCCUUGGGCGAGGGCCGGGAAGAGGAGAGAAAACUGAGCGCAGACACCCCACCCCCACCCACAUUUUAG